GUAUAGAAAAAUAAAAUGGACAGGACGAAUUGGACAGAGAUUGAGUUCAUUCUGCAGGGACUUUCUGAGUACCCCAAAGUGGAAAAACUCCUUUUCGUCAUGUGCUUGAUGAUGUACCUGGUGAUCCUGCUGGGGAACAGCACCUUGAUCAUACUAAUUCUCCUGGAUUCCCGCCUCCAUACGCCCAUGUACUUCUUCCUUGGUAAUCUUUCCCUCCUAGACAUUUGUUACACAUCCUCCUUUACCCCCUCAGUGUUGAUUCACUUCCUAUCAAAGAAAAAAACCAUCUCCUUCACUAGGUGUGUUGUUCAGAUGUCUGUCUCCUACACUAUGGCAUGCACAGAAUGCGUGCUCUUAGCAGUGAUGGCAUAUGACCGUUACAUGGCUAUCUGUAACCCUCUGAGAUACCCCAUCAUCAUGAGCAAGGCACUUUGUAUUCAGAUGGCAGCCCUCUCCUGGGGAAUGGGCUUUCUCAAUUCACUGACAGAAACUAUUCUUGCAAUACAGUUGCCCUUUUGUGGAAAAAAUGUCAUUAACCACUUUGUUUGUGAAAUAAUGGCUUUUGUCAAGCUGGCUUGUGCAGAUAUUUCCUUGAAUGAGAUUGCUAUAAUGUUGGGCAAUGUAAUAUUUUUGUAUAUUCCAUUAUUGUUAAUUUGCAUCUCCUACAUUUUCAUCCUAUCUACUGUACUAAAAAUGAAUUCAGCAGAAGGAAGAAAAAAAGCUUUUUCUACCUGUUCAGCCCACUUAACAGUAGUGACCAUGUUUUAUGGGACAAUCCUCUUCAUAUAUAUGAAGCCAAAGUCCAAAGACUCUGCUAUUGACAAAUUGAUUGCUCUGUUCUAUGGAGUAGUCACUCCCAUGCUCAAUCCUAUCAUAUAUAGCCUGAGGAACACAGAGGUGCUUGGAGCUUUGAGAAAAUUGAUGAGUAGACACUGGUUCUGGAGAAAAGGAUGA